UAAGAUAAUGGAGCUUCGAGACAUGUAUUCAUCAUUGACUUGUUUACUUCUCUCUCUUUCUUCAACCAAAUUACGCAUAUUUAAUUCAAUUUCCAAGCACCAAGAAGAUGAAGAAGAAGGUGUGUUCAGUUUAGGUCCACCAACUGGUGGUUAGGGUUUACAAUCUCCAUUUUUCAAGCAAUCGUUUUUAGCUACUAAACGAACACCCAACUCAAGCAAACCCCAUUUCAAUUCUUUUCAUCUUCUUCUUCCAAUUCCUAAUCUCAAAUCCGAAUCAUUCCAAAUCUUUGGUUUUGUCUGCACGUGAGGAUUACGGGUUUGGUUUUUUAUUUUCGUUAUUUGCUGUAUUACUUUGAUUAAUUUAAUGAAUUGGGUGUUUGCACAACUAUGGAAAACUUUUGAUUUUUAAUCAUACAUAUAAUCUUGUUUUUGUUUGCUUGUCAUCCAAUUAUUGUGAUGUUUAAUCUUUGUUUAAUUGUGGGAGGUGGUCAUUGUUCAAUGAUAAGAAGGGUUGGUUGGUUGUGUGUAUUUGUUUGCUUUGAUUACUAUUAUUACUUUAAUCUAAUAUAAUAUUGUCAGGAUUCAUCAUAUUUUCUUCUUGUUCAUAUCCAUUUUUUGUCUCCCUUUUAGGAAGAUUUUCUUUCAGCCGCUUUGGUUCUGUCUUCAUCCUUCCUCUAGAUCACAGCUUCAGAAGCUCCUCUCUAAGGCAUCAUAUCACCUUCUAAAGGAUCAUUGGCCGGCCUCUAGAAAUCUUUGCGGGUAGUGAUCGUUUUUUUAGAAAUUAAGAUGGCUACUUAUUAUCCUACUUCAAGUAAUCAUCAAAGAGAUGUGUUUCCAAGUUCCUAUCUUUCAAGCCAGCAACAACUUGAUUCAUAUCAAGAAUCAUCUUGUCCUCCUGCUGAUAUGAUGUAUCAAAACCAGAAUUCUACCGACGCCUCUUUCUUGGAGCUCUUAUCUGGUUCAAAUGAUCAUGGCUCUCAAAGCAAUAAAGUAGAACAGGUUGACUACUUGUCAUUUGGCUUGGUUGGUGGUGCAAAUAGCACCACCAAAAGUGGGGCUAUCAACAAUGGCCAUUGCUCUAUUUCAGAUACAUAUGAUGUUUCAUAUGGGAUUGUGGGUACAAUCUUGGACUCCAAAUAUCUCAAACCGUCACAGGAAUUGCUCGAGGAAGUAGCUAAUCUUCAUGAAGCUCUGGGACAGCUAAAGAUGAAUCGGCAGAGCAAUCUUUAUAAGCUUCGAGGUGAUGGAUCUGGUGAAAAAGAUUCCAAAUUUAACUCCCAAUCUGGCCCUCCUGCAUCUACUACUAGUUCCUCCGGUGAACUUUCGGCUUCUGAGAAACAGGAUCUGCAGAACAAGAUCACAAAAUUGUUUUCUUUGUUAGAUGAGGUGGAUAGAAAAUACAGAGAUUAUUGCCAGCAACUGCAAAUUGUCGAAGCAGCAUUAGAUGUGGUUUCUGGAUGUGGGGCUGCAAGGCCAUAUACAGCACUUGCCCAUCAAACAAUAUCUCGCCACUUUCGGUGCUUACGUGAUGCAAUUAAUGGGCAAAUUCAAGCGUCCCGUCAAAGCUUAGGUGAUCAAGAUGAUUCGUCCGAUAGAGUGUUACCACGGCUACGUAACAUGGAAAAGCAGCUCCGGCAACAAAGAACCAUCCAUCAGCUUGGCGUGACACGCCAUUCAUGGAGGCCGCAAAGAGGGUUGCCAGAGGGCUCUGUCUCAAUUCUUCGUGCUUGGCUGUUUGAGCAUUUUCUUAACCCUUACCCAAAAGAUUCAGAGAAAAUCAUUCUAGCAAAACAGACUGGCCUUACCCGAAGCCAGAUUGCAAAUUGGUUCAUCAAUGCACGUGUGCGGCUCUGGAAACCGAUGAUUGAAGAUAUGUACAAAGAAGAAUUUGGUGAUCCAGAAGGCAAUUGUAUGUCACCAUCACAAAAACAUGCACCAAAAGUAGCAAACAAUAACUCAUCAUCUUCAGAAGAUAAAGAGAAAGAAUGUGGACGUAUUGACCAAUCUAGUGAUUCAAAUCCUGAUAACUUUUUCAACGAGAUGGAAGUCAGCAGGUCUCCAACACAAAGCCAUACAGAUUUGCCAGAUCAAUACAGGUUUGGCGAACCUCAGUCGUUAUCUGAUUUCGUUGUAUAAUAAAAGCAUACCUUUUAGGUUGAUCUUGGUUUGAAUUUGUGUAAAUAUGGAUGUGAAUAUAGAUGGUGUUUUGUUUAGAGGUAUAGCGAAGAAUUUUUUUCAAAGAUCAGCCUGUAAGUAAAGAUCUCACCAUAUCUGCACUCUUGUCAAAUUCAUUGGAUAAAAAGACAUGAAUGUAUCAUUUCUUAUGUAAUAAAACAACAAUUUGUUAA